AUGUUUGACAUUGUACAUGUAGAAUCUGAGUUCGAAUCCUAUUGCCCCCAUUUUUUUUGCGUUUUUCUAGUCCCUGUUUUUUUAGCCUCCCAAAUAUUUCUAGGUUUUGUUUACCCGCUUCCUUUUCCCCCAAAUAUUUUGAGGUUUUGUUUCCCUCCCGAAUCCGGCCGCCUCCAAUCUCCCACCUUUUCUUCUUCAACCCUUUUGUCUUCAAUUUCAUCUGCAAUCGACAUCACCAUCACCGCUUUAGCAUCACCACCGAUCGACCUUGCUGUCACCGCUAAACCAACCUUGCAAAUUGAAGAACUUGGAUUCCUUAUGCCUACAGAGAUACAAAGACAAGCUCUACCAAUUCUACUCUCUGGCCAAGAUUGCAUUCUCCAUGCCCAGACAGGUUCAGGGAAAACUUUGGCAUACUUUUUACAGAUUUUUUCAGUAAUAAACACACAAAGAUCAGCUCUACAAGCAUUGAUUGUGGUUCCAACUAGGGAAUUGGGCAUCUUUUUCCUCCUUCCGUGUCAUCUUUUUCCUAUUUUGCCCCUUAUGUUGCUUUGGUGCUGAUGGUGCUGUCAAAACACAAUGACUUUCCUUUGGUUCCAUUAUUUAGUCAUCACCUGGAAAAGGCAAGGCUGUGGUUGUAAGCAUUGAUCCUUGUAGACAAUAUUUGACAAGUGAAGAUGAGGUUGGAUUCAAGGCUAUUAAACUAGAAAACAUGGGCCCAAAUGAGGAAGCGUAUGCCUUGUAUCAGUGCACUGUAAGUGUUGUAAAUAACAACGUAUUUUUCAGUUUGACCAAAUUUUUUAUUUUGUUGUAUAGAUGAUGUUUAUUGUAAUAUUUAUUUUUGGAAAAUGAUGUUUUUGUAAUGUGUUAAGCACUUAGUAAUGUAUUUGACAUUUUGUAGUUUAAUGUAAUGAAUUUUUAUUUCA